AUGCCUGACCCUCUUGUCAUCGAUAUUAGAAUGAGAGGGGCAAAGAGCUCCGAUGGAAUAGAUGAUGAUUCUACAGCUUCUUCCAAGAAGAAUUCCCACAGACCCAAAUAUUCAAAAUUUACUCAACAAGAUCUUCCUGCCUGCAAGCCAAUUCUAACUCCAGGAUUGGUUAUUGCAUCAUUCACGAUUGUUGCCGUUGUCUUCCUUCCAAUUGGCCUAGCAUCCUUAUUUGCAUCAGAAAGUGUGGUGGAAAUUGUAGAUCGUUAUGACAAAGACUGCAUUCCUAGUAGUCAUAGCAGUCUCCCACUUGAGUAUAUCCAGAACAGCAAAUCAGACAAGACCUGUACCAGAAAGUUGACUGUUCCAAAGCAAAUGAAAAGUCCUGUCUAUGUGUAUUAUCAGCUUGAUAAUUUCUAUCAGAAUCAUCGCCGAUAUGUAAGAAGCAGAAGUGAUGCACAGUUGCAAAGCAAAGCAAGUGAAGAUGCAGUAGGUAAUUGUAAACCUGAAGAUUUAGCAAAUGGAAAACCAAUUGUUCCUUGUGGGCUUGUUGCGUGGAGUUUGUUUAACGACACUUACAAUUUUAAAGUGCAAAAUAAGGUUUUAGAGGUAAAUAAGAAAGAUAUUGCUUGGAAAAGUGACAAAGAAAAAAAGUUUGGCUCUGAUGUGUAUCCAAAAAACUUUCAAUCCAGUGGCUUGAUUGGAGGUGGACAACUAAAUUCCAGCGUUCCUUUAAGUGAACAAGAAGAUCUCAUCGUAUGGAUGCGUACAGCAGCACUGCCGACAUUUAGAAAACUCUACGGAAAGAUAGAGACAGAUCUUCAAGCCAAUGAUAUAAUUGAAGUUGAAAUACAAAACAACUACAAUUCUUAUGGCUAUGGAGGCAAAAAGAGAUUAGUCCUUUCCACCACUACUUGGAUAGGCGGCAAAAAUGACUUUCUAGGCAUUGCAUAUGUAUUCAUUGGUGGCUUGAACUUGCUCUUAGCAGUAAGCUUCAUUCUAAUUUUUGUGCUUAAGCCAAGGCCUUUGGGAGAUCCAAACUACUUGUCUUGGAACAAGCAAGCAACAAGAACUCCAAAUUAG